AUGGCCAUGCUGCUUGAGCUGAGCGUGCCCCCCGCCGUGCCCUACCUGGACGGGCCCCCCACGCCGCUGGCCUUCUACCGGGACUGGGUGUGCCCCAACCGGCCCUGCAUCGUCCGCCGCGCGCUGGGCCACUGGCCGGCCCUCCGCAAGUGGUCGCUGCCCUACCUGAGGGCCGCGGCGGGCGCCACGGAGGUGAGCGUGGCGGUGACCCCGGACGGCUACGCGGACGCGGUGCGCGGGGGCCGCUUCGUGCUGCCGGCCGAGCGCCGGCUGCCGCUGGGCCGCGUGCUGGACGUGCUGGAGGGCCGCGCCGCGCACCCCGGCGUGCUCUACGUGCAGAAGCAGUGCUCGAACCUGCGCGCCGAGCUGCCCGCGCUGCUGCCCGACCUCCCGCCCCACGUGCCCUGGGCCUCCGAGGCCCUAGGAAAGAUGCCCGACGCGGUGAACUUCUGGCUCGGGGAGGCCGCGGCCGUGACCUCGCUGCACCGGGAUCACUACGAGAACCUGUACUGUGUGCUGUCGGGGGAGAAGCGCUUCCUCCUGCACCCGCCCAGCGACCGGCCCUUCAUCCCCUACGAGCUGUUCGCGCCGGCCACGUACCAGCUGACGGAAGACGGGGCCUUUAAGAUCGUGGACGAAGAAACCACGGAGAAGGUGCCCUGGAUCCCGCUGGACCCCCUGGCCCCGGACCUGGCCCGGUACCCCGGCUACAGCCAGGCGCGGGCCCUGCGCUGCACCGUGCGCGCCGGCGAGCUGCUCUACCUGCCCUCCCUGUGGUUCCACCACGUCCAGCAGUCCCACGGCUGCAUUGCUGUGAAUUUCUGGUACGACAUGGAAUAUGACCUCAAGUACAGUUACUUCCAGCUGCUGGACUCCCUCACCAAGGCCGCUGGGCUCAACUGAGGGAGCCUGGUGACCGCUGCCAGGGACGGGGCUGGCGGGGCGCUCCACCCCCCCGGAGCCCAGGACCACCGGCAGCAGUGUGCCAGCCUUCCCUGCCCCCCCAAUGCCAGGGACGGGGCUGGCGGGGCGCUCCACCCCCCUGGAGCCCAGGACGACCGGCAGCAGUGUGCCAGCCUUCCCUGCCCCCCCCAAUGCCAGGGACAGGGGCCUGGGGGGCGCUU